AGAGGGGUCGACAUAUACACAGCAGACUGUUUAGGAACAGUGAGUCACACUGUGGAGGAGAGGAGAUCAUUCAGGAUGCCGGAGCCAGUCAAAAAAGCAGUUUCAGCCUUUGCGAAGAAACCAAAGAGUCAGGAAGCAGAGGAGGGGUCCUCUGUGGUCUUUGAAGCAGAGACCGGGAAGGCUGAUGCUAAAGUAAAAUGGCAGUGCAACUCAAAGGACAUCACCGGUGGCGACAAAUACGUGAUCACAGCCGACGGAAACAAGCACUCCCUCGCCAUAAACACCGUCACCAAGGAGGACACCAAUGUCUAUGCUGUGAUUGCUGGGGGGUCAAAGGUCAAGUUUGACUUGAAGGUCAUAUCAAAUUCAGAAGCUCCAGUUGAGGCUCCAGUCGAGGCUCCAGCUGAGGCUCCAGCUGGGGCCCCUGCUGAUGCACCCACGGAGGCCAGUGUAGAACCGGAGCAGGCCCCCGCUCCGCCUGCAGAAGCACCCACAGAGGACCAGCCUGCUGCACCAGCCGGUGAUGCUCCUCACGCCGAGGAUGGACAGCCCCCGGACACCAGACAGGCCCUAACUGGACUCUUCACAGAGAAACCCCAGAGUGGAGAGGUCACUGUAGGUGCUAACAUCACGUUUGUGGCUAAAGUGAAUGCCGAGUCGCUGCUGAAGAAACCCACCAUCAAAUGGUUCAAAGGGAAGUGGAUGGACCUCGCCAGCAAGUCUGGAAAACACCUGCAGCUAAAGGAGACGUAUGACCGCAACAGUAAGGUCUACACGUUUGAGAUGCAAAUCAUCGCAGCCAAGGCUAACUUUGCUGGAGCUUACAGAUGUGAGGUCACAUCCAGGGACAAGUUUGACAGCUGUAAUUUUGACCUGGCUGUACAUGAGGCUUGUGCUGCUCCUGAAGGUUUUGACAUAAGAACAGCAUUUAGACGCACGAGCGAGGCCGGUAAGAAGAGAAGUGGAGCACAUUCAAGUAGCACAGAUGGAAAUGAAGACUCGGGAGAGCUGGACUUCAGUGCCUUGUUAAAAAAGAGCAGCAGUUUCUUAAAACACUCAAAUCGAACCGUGCAAGUGCAGAGCGCAGACCCUGACGUGGACGUGUGGGACAUCCUCAGCAAGGCGCCUUCUUCAGAAUAUGAGAAGAUUGCUUUCCAGCACGGCAUCACCGACCUGCGAGGCAUGCUGAAGAGACUGAAGAAGAUGAAGAAGGAGGAGAAGAAAAGUGCAGCUUUCCUCAAAAAGUUGGAUCCUGCUUACCAAGUGAUGAAAGGACAUAAAAUAAAACUGGCCAUUGAGGUCGCCAAUCCAGACGCUGAGGUGAAAUGGCUGAAGAACGGACAGGAAAUUCAACCAACUGGAAGCAAGUACAUCUUUGAGAGUGUGGGCAACAUGCGCUACCUGACCAUCAACCACUGCUCUCUGUCAGACGAUGCGGCCUAUGCCUGUGUGGUGGGAGAGGAGAAAUGCACUACUGAGCUCUUUGUUAAAGAGCCUCCCAUCCUGAUUGUGAAGAAUCUGGAGGAUCAGAUGGUCAUGAAAGGCGAGCGGGUGGAGUUGGAGUGUGAAGUGUCCGAGGAAGGAGCCAAUGUUAAAUGGGAGAAAGACGGUGUGGAGCUGACAAGAGACGAGGCUUUCAAGUAUCGCUUCAAGAAAGACGGCUGCAAACAUAUCCUGAUCAUUAAUGAGGCCACAAAGGAAGACUGCGGCCACUACAAGGUUAAAACCAACGGUGGCGAGUCAGUGGCUGAACUCAUGGUGCAGGAGAAACAGCUGGAGGUCUACCAGAACAUCGCAGACCUCACAGUGAAGGCAAAGGACCAGGCGAUGUUUAAGUGCGAGGUGUCUGAUGAGAACGUGAGGGGAACCUGGUACAAGAACGGUGUAGUCGUUCAGCCUGACGCCAGAAUAAAUAUCUCACAUAUUGGCAGGAUCCACAAACUGACCAUUGAUGAUGUCAAACCAGAGGACGAGGCAGACUACACUUUUGUGCCAGAUGGACACGCUUUCAACCUUUCUGCUAAACUCAAUUUCUUGGAGGUGAAGAUCGACUAUGUGCCACGCCAAGAUCCUCCCAAGAUCCACCUGGACUGUUUGGGUCGCACUGCCGAUUCAACCAUUGUGGUGGUGGCUGGCAACAAACUGCGUCUGGAUGUCCCCAUCACUGGAGACCCUGCUCCCACAGUGGUCUGGACCAAAGGAGAGAAGGCUAGUUCUGUAAAACCUGACGGAGAAGGGAAAGGAGAGCCGACAUCCUCUUGGACCCUGAAGGAUGGGGACGUCCUCACAGAGUCAGACGGUAGGGUCCAUGUUGAAACCACCAAAGGACACUGUAUCUUCACCAUCGAGGGGACGGAGAGGCAGGACGAGGGAAGCUACUCUGUUGUGGUUCGAAACCCCGCCGGGGAGGACACAGCAGAUAUCAAUGUGAAAGUCGUCGAUGUUCCAGAUCCUCCCCAGGCUCCCAGAAUCCUCAGCGUGGGAGAGGACUCCUGUGUGGUCCAGUGGAACCCCCCUGCGUUCGAUGGUGGACAGCCAAUUAUCGGCUACGUGGUGGAGAGAAAGAAGAAGAGGAGCUACAGGUGGAUGAGACUGAACUUUGACCCUUAUCCUGACACAACCUAUGAAGCCAAGCGGAUGAUUGAAGGGAUGGAGUACGAGAUGCGAGUCUAUGCUGUCAACGGCAUCGGCAUGUCAACUCAUAGUCCGGCUUCACAGCCUUUUGUGCCAGUCGCCCCCACAAGUGAGCCCAUCGGACUGUGCGUGGACGACAUCAGUGACACUUCCAUCUCGCUGAAGUGGCGGCAGCCUGAGAGGAUCGGCUCGGCUGAACUCGAGGGUUACGGGGUUGAGUACUGCAAGGAGGGCACGGAUGAAUGGAUACCAGCCAUUCAGGGUCUGACCGACCGCACAUCACUGACAGUCAAAAACCUCACCACCGGAGACAAGCUGCAGUUCCGUGUGCGGGCCUACAACAUGGCGGGUCCCAGUGCUCCUGCCUCUCUGGCUCAACCUGUCACCAUCAGAGAGAUUAUGCAGCGCCCUAAAAUUUGGCUCCCCAGAAAUCUCCGCCAGACUCUCAUCAAGAUAGUUGGAGACACUGUCAACAUUGUGAUUCCAUUCAAUGGUAAGCCCAGGCCAAAGGUCACAUGGAGCAAAGACGGGGAGGUUCUGCACCCCUCAUUCGCCAGUGUGAGGAACAGCGAAGUGGAUACGAUCCUCUUCAUCCGCAAGACGGAGAGAAAACACUCGGGACAGUACGAUCUGCAGGUGCAGAUUGAGAACGUGGAAGACAAAGCAAGUAUCACGCUGCAGAUUGUUGAUCUCCCAGGGCCCCCCAAGGAUCUGAAGAUCAUGGAUGUCUGGGGCUUCAAUGUGGCACUUGAGUGGAAGCCACCUAAGGACAACGGUAACUGUGAAAUAACCGGUUACACCAUCCAGAAAGCUGACAAGAAGACCAUGGAGUGGUUCACGGUCUACGAGCUGUACAGGCGAACCAACUGCGUCGUGUCCGACCUCAUCAUGGGGAAUGAGUACGUCUUCCGAGUCUUCGCCACCAACCUGGUGGGCCUCAGCGUGGACCCCUGCAACACAACAGACAGCGCCUUCAUCCAGAAAACAGGUAUUGACUACAAGCCGCCCAGCUACAAGGAAUUUGACUUCUUACAGGCUCCCAAGUUCACACAACCACUGGUGAACCGUUCCAUCAUCGCAGGAUACAGCACGACCCUCAGCUGCUCAGUCAGAGGCAUACCAAAGCCCAAAGUGACCUGGUACAAAAACAAGAUGGACAUCUCAAAUGAAGCCAAGUACCGGAUGAUCAGUAAACAAGGUGUCCUGACGCUGGAGAUCCGUAAGCCCUGUACGUUUGACGGAGGAGUUUAUAUGUGCAAAGCAGUCAACGGGAGCGGGGAAGACAUAGUGGAGUGUAAACUGGAGGUUCGCCCUCAAAUUGCUAGAGAAGAAAAGAAGUAAAGAGUUUUGAGCUGCUGACUAAAGAGAAGAUGGAUUCGUCUCAUGCAUGUUGACUGUUUAGUGUCACAAGAGACUCUUUACCUGCAUCACAAACUGUGUUUAGCUUACAUCAUUUUGUUUGUGCACCAUUUCUUCUUGAAUCAUCUUGAAUCUCGUCAUCCUCACUGUUGUGUUAGCAUCGUAUGUACCACUGGAUUACUGAAUCCUACACUCAUCUCUAAGAGGAGAGAUAAAGGGAUAAUGGUGUCCAGUAAAUAUGCAUAUUAGAUAAAGACAGAAGAAAUAUUUAUGACAUUAAUUUAUGAUUUUGUCUUUCAUUUAUUUCAGCUGAUCCAAAAAGAAUGGAUUAAAGUGUUUGGAUUUGUUUGUGUGCUUACAAAGGUCAAUAUAAAUGCUUGGAAAACAGAGUGAGUGAUUUCAUUUAGUCAUAUUAUCAAGUAGCAGCAUUAUGUUACAGUGGUGCACAAGUGGAGAUCAGUCCCUGAACUUGCCAUCGUGAUAGCUGCAGCAGCCGUGGUAUUCCUAAAAUCCAAAGAGCAUGCCCCUGAUGCCCAGAAGUCCAGAGGAAUGGACGAGAGUUGUCGAGGGCUUAGUUUUAUUCUAACAAAGCCUCGCUAAAGCCAGAGGUGAGAGGCAUGUGCCUAAUGUGCAUGCCUCAGAGGGAUGUGUGUCAAGGGCUGGAAUAGCUGGGAUGUCCUUUUACUGCCGAGGACAUGUGUGAGUGAAGAGGAACACAUGGUGGUGUUCAUCAAGCGGGAGCUGCUCUCACGUCACUUGACAGUUAUUCCUUUGAUGGCUUCAAUGUAAAUAUUUCCUGUGCCCUCUCAAAGUACAGCUGCAAAAGAUCCAGUGAGCCAUUGUACAUGUCGACAGGUCACUAUUAACAUACAUGACAAACACUUUAGAGUGACUCUACUCUUGCCAGGUGUUUUGACCCAGGGUCUCACCAAAAUCUACAAAUUACAAGUGAAAACGCUCCAUGUGUCAAAGCUGAGCAGGACUUCUCAAAUUUCACGUCUGUUCCUUUAUACAGUCCCAGAGGUUAUUUUUCACUCACCAAGUCACAGCUCACAACAUGAGUAAAAGGAGCCAGCAGUGGUGGACAACAUGACUGUACUGCACUUUAACAAGACUAAAACUGCAGCUAGCUGCUCUGUGAGGCGUAGCUUAGCUUGUAGCUAAAUGCUAACAUUAGCAGUGUUGGAAGAAGUAGUCAUAAAAUGGAAACACUGUGGUACAAGUUAAGUGGGAUUUAUACUUGUGCAGCAACCCUACACCAUUGUGAGCAUUUAUACUUGUGCGGUGGUGUGUCUGUGUCACUCUGUAGAUACACCUCCAAAACACUAGUUGGCGGCAGGGUUUCUGUGAAGUGCUGUAAAGUUUUGUUGAUUCAAAACACACCCAAACACACAUUAAACAUGGCUUAAUAGCGGAUUUCAAACACAAGUACACAAAUUGGCUUCACUAUAACUCGCAGCAUUCACAAACACUUGUCUUUAUCUGGACCCAUUUUCCCGACAAAUACAACUUGCUAACGUUAUUAGCACAAGCCUAUGACAUUUUACAUUGUAUAAAUUAGCCUAGCGACCAGCAAACUUUUUCUCUUCCCAUAUAAAACCAGAAACAACAGCAACAUUUAACAAAGGUAACGUUACAAAAAUCAGCUCCACUGCAGCUCACAAGGAUACUAAACAAGUUUUCCAAACAAAUACAACAUGCUAACGUUAUUAGCACAAGCCUAUGGCAUUUUACAUUGUAUACAUUAGCCUAGCGUCUAGUGGAAAUUUCCUCUGCUCGUAUGAAGCCAGGAUAAAUCACACGCAAGACUUAAAAUGCUAUUUUUGUGUAGGCUUUAUUGUCUUCACAAUUUGUUGUUUCUUAUUUGUGAAAUUAAGGUAAAAAAAAAGCUUUGUUUCCACUGAGGGAAAUGGUUUCAUCUUACAAAAAUAGACAGGAGGUCUGUGUCACCACGACAUGUAGUUACAUAUGGGGAGGUGCAUGUCAGGCUUCAGCGUAGGGUACAGCGUAGCUACGGCCUUGAUUCAAGGCAGAAGUAAAUUCCGCUUAAAAGUCAUGCAGUCAGAAUGUUACUUGGGUAAAAGUAUUAGCAUCAUCAUGUACUUUAAGGUCAUAUGUGUGUAAAAUUUAGGGGGAUAGGAAGUAUAAAAUAUUCAUAACCAUCUUUUCAUGAGUUUAUAAUCACCUAGAACUCAGAAUCGUGUUUUUGUUACCUUAAAAUUACACAUUUAUAUCUACAUACUAAGUGGGUCCUCUUCCACGGAGUCUGACAUGUUGUUUCUACAGUAGCCCAGAAGGAACAAAUCAAACACUGGCUCUAGAUAGGGCCAUUCACAAUUUUGCGUUUGUCACCAUAGUUCUUCUACAUGCUUGGUACAUGGGACAAGUUUCAGUUUGUUGCAAUCUGCAACCUCACCACUAGAUGCCACUAAAUCCUACACACUAGACCAUUAACCAAAACUAAGGCCCCGAUCUACUGUGGGUCUUAGGCACACAGUACUGCUUCUUUUUCUUUUGACAGCCACUAGUAAAAAAAAAAUGCUUGCUGUGCCUUUUUAUUGUUGCCAGGCAACCACCCCAUCAUGUCCUUACCCCAACCUUCCUGUGUAAUCAGUCUACUGUUUAUUUAUAUCACAGUAAUCAGUAUCUAGUUCCUAAAAUGGACAGGCAGAGGGUACUUCCUGUAGCUCUGGCUGAGGGUGAGAGGCUCUCAGUAAAUAGUUUGUUGGGCACUUUGUUUUUCUUGUUCAAACCUAGUUCAUCACUGUAGUAAACUCUCUUUUGAUUGGACAGCUGGCUGAAGACACCUCCAGCAGUGUGAUUAAAGAAUGACCUGUGUCCCUAUGAGGCCUCCAUACAGCCUGUCAGACUGAUGCUCAGAGUUCAAUGAGGAAAUCUGCUGGGAGACAAAUGUGUAGGAUUUUAGUCAGUAUUUUCAUUUUAGAGGAUCUGACCUUUCUAUGACAUAUUGCAAUGAACAGAAUUUUUUAUAUUAUCUCCAGUCAGAAAUCAAUAUGUGCAAUGAUUUAGAAGUGGCAAAGCUGCAUUAGAAAGGUGAUAUGACAAGUUUCAAACAAGGUAACAAGUACAGUAAUGUCAGGUAUAUGAUAAAUUAUUUGAUACGGACAAUGAUCGCUGCAGUGUUUUCAUUUUAACACAAAGGUAAAUAAAAGUAGUUGUGAUCUUCCAAUUUUAUUCAUUCACAAUUAAUAGAAUUAUUUUUCUACUCGAACAGAAUAAAACAACUCGGGGAGAUCUCACAUGAAAAACUACAAACACGAUUUUAAUUUGAACUGAAAUUAAAGUGAGAUUCUUUUUAUAAUCUGUAUUAUUCUGCAAGUUUGAAUCUAUAAAAGAUAAAACAAAAAAAAAAACAAAAAAUUCAUAGUUUAUAGUUUGGUUAAAAAAAAUAAAUCACAGUAUACAGUACAUAGAUUCCUCCCACAAUUUGCACUUAUCUAAAAUGAUGAUGUACAACCACGUGUCGACAUAAAGCUAAGAAUGCAAACAAAAAGAAAAA